AUGACGAUGGAUUUCAACUAUGAAAUACUGCUUGCUUCCUUCCUACCUUCACCAAUCUUGAAGAUAACCGCCAUCCUCUUACUCGCUACCGCCGCAUCUUGUCUUUACCGAAUUUGGAAAUCUCAGGAACGUCAACCACCUCGGCGAACACCCCUUCACUUCUUAAGGAAGUUGACCUUUAUCCCCUCAGCCGUCAAACCGAUUGCCAAGGAAUCAGGAUUCCAAGAGCUGGAAUUUUAUAAGAAUCUCCUUUUCAAACUGCAGAAUGAGGAGUACAAUCCGGAGGUUUCAGCACUUGGACGACAAGCAAUCUUGUUCCUACUGUCCGAAGCAUUGAGCAACUAUACAAAAAGAGAGUCUCAUCCCAGUAUCCUAUCAUUGGAGACUUUCAACAAAGAAGAACUUUCCCAGUUUCUCCAAGAUCAUCAGAAGGAUGUCACGGAUCGAUACGCACAAUAUAUCGCGCAAAGAGACUUGGGUGGCCCUCGGCAAUUGGUUCGCAACCGACAGGAUGCAGAGUUAUGGUUGAGGAAGAUUGCACCGUUGAAGCUGGUCGAUGGGGCUUGGCUGGGUCACUUGAACAAAAUCACUUGA